UGCUUGUGGACAAGUAGAGUAAAUUAUAAGGUUAUGAAAAAAUUAUGUUUACUUAAUGCCUAGAUUUACGCAAUUUAUACAGAGAAAUCUAUGACUUUAUGUAUAUGCAUAAAUUAUGUCUGCUGAAGAAUAUGACACAGAGAUGGAUUACUCUGACUCAGAUUGUGGGGAUCCAGGUUAUGAAGACUAUUAUAAUGUUCAACCAUGGGAUGGCGAAGGUGAUAAUGAUGUUGAAAAUGACCAGAGCCGGAGAGAUCCAGAAUAUGCUGUAUAUGAUUGCUUGAGAAUAGAAGAAGUCGAAAGAUUACUGAAUGAGGACGUAGAGACAUUAAGUAAUAGUCUCCAUAUAACGCCAUCCUUGGCCAAAGUUUUAUUACAUGCACACAAUUGGGCAUUACAAGAUAUCAUUACAAAAUAUCGUGCCAAUGCUUCCAGUUUAUUAAUCAAUUCAAAGAUAAGACCAUCUUCAUUGGAUUCACAUUCAGGAACAAAGAGUAAAAAGGGUGGAGUGUGUUCAGUUUGUGUUACAAUUUCUCCAGCUAAGAAAUUUUCUACCUUAACGUGCGGACAUUUGUUUUGUAAUGACUGUUGGUGCAUGCACUUUAAAGUACAAAUAACUCAAGGUAUUUCCACGGGGAUAAGCUGCAUGGCACAGGAUUGUAAUGUCUUAGCUCCAGAGGAUUUUGUUUUGUCUCUGCUCACAAAACCCAACAUGAGGGAGAGGUACCAACAGUUUGCUUUUUGUGAUUAUGUGAAAUCCCAUCCACAAUUAAGGUUUUGCCCUGGACCCAAUUGUCAAAUGAUUAUACGCUCAAAAGAGCAGAGAGCAAAAAGAGUAAUGUGUUCGUCGUGUAAAACUGUGUUUUGCUUCCGAUGUGGCAUUGAUUACCAUGCACCCACUGACUGUAACACUAUGAAAAAGUGGCUAACAAAGUGUGCAGAUGAUUCAGAGACAGCUAAUUACAUUAGUGCCCACACCAAAGAUUGCCCGAUAUGUCACAUUUGCAUAGAAAAAAAUGGUGGUUGCAAUCAUAUGCAAUGUUAUAAUUGUAAAUAUGAUUUCUGUUGGAUAUGUCUUGGAGAUUGGAAAGCGCAUGGAAGCGAAUAUUAUGUGUGUUCACGAUAUAAAGGAAACCCUAACAUCGCUCACGAGAGCGUUCUUGAACAAGCCAGAGAAGCGCUUAAAAAAUAUCUUCAUUAUUAUGAGAGAUGGGAGAACCAUAGUAAAUCAUUAAAACUGGAAGAACAGACAUUGGACGCUAUCAAAAUGCAAAUAAAUAAAAAAGUGAUGAACUCCAGCGGAACAUGGAUCGAUUGGCAACAUUUAUUUGCAGCAGCAUCGCUUUUAACACGUUGCCGUUAUACUUUGCAAUACACGUAUCCUUAUGCAUAUUAUAUGGAACCUGGGCCACGUAAAGAAUUGUUUGAAUAUCAACAAGCACAAUUGGAGGCGGAAAUAGAAGAUCUUUCAUGGAAGAUAGAACAUGCAGAAACAACAAAUCGCGGAGAUUUAGAAAAUCAAAUGGACAUUGCUGAAAAACGUCGCGUUACAUUAUUAAAGGACUUCCUCGAAGUAUAAAUACUGUAAAUUAUUCUGCUAUGUCACUGCAGUCUCUUUUACAAUUAUGCUAACUUGUGAGACAGCUAUAGUUUAGUUUUUCAGAUGAAUACAUAUAUAUUCCCAUAGGUAUUACGUUCCAUAUUAUACGUAUUAAUUAAUCGUUCACCGUUCAUUGAAACUUCAGGACUGAGCCUGAGAUUGUUUUAGAGAGUAGGAAAAUGAAAAUUAUGAGAAUCUAUUUAAAAACAGAUAACUUUAGAUUUAAAUGUUCUCCUUUGGUUAAACGAUGUUUAAAUUAUCGUUCCUUAAUUGACAGUUCUCUUUAAUCACAGUAAUAUUUAUCAGAAAAGAUUGGAAUUCUAUAAAUCCGAUCUUUUAAACAUGUGUAUAUUUGUUAUUUAUGUAAUCAUACAUAAACCGUAAAUUCUAUGGAUAUUUUAUUUACAUUGAGAACAUGCCAAUGAGAAAGAACAUUUGGGAAAGUAUUGACUUAUAUCGACUGAUUGUUAAAAUUUGAUAUGUCCUGUAUAAUAAUUUCCUAGAUUAAGAGUAUUUCCACGAGUAGUGUAAUUUUUUUGAAAUUUGUAUUUGGAAAACUAUUUUUAUCAGAGCGCUUAUCACAUUUUAUAAAACGGAAUGACUAGGAUUAUUGAUGUUAAUCCUAAUUAUAUUUAUUUUACAUCGAACGAGCAUGAAAAAUAAUUUUGUUUGCCUCAUUUGACAAACUCUUUGUUUUCCUCUUAAAAUAUUGUUAUUCUUAUUAAGACACAUUAUUUUAAUCUCGAGGAUCAAUUGUAAAAGAAAAAGGAGAGCAGAUAGCCUAAUAAAUUAAUUAGGUACUAAUCAACUGGUACCUUCGUCUUGUAAAUAUUGUGGUAUUUUAGAAGAAUGUAACAUUUUCUAUAAUUAGAGUUAAGAUGCAUGCAACGAUCAAACACAUCCGCUAAUAAAUAUAGUCGCAAUCGAAACUUUUUUUCAACUAUUUAUAUACGAUACAUUAGAAUAGGACUUUUUUGGAAUGAACAAUAUAUCGUUUAAUAACUCCCGUCUAAUAAAACUUAACGGCCCUCGGAAAAAAAAAAUGCAACAAUCGCUAUGUUACUAACGGAAAAUGAUGGUUAUUGUAACAACCGUAUCUUUUUAAGAGUGAAAAUAUAUAAGAUCAGCUAUUACAAUUGAGGAAAACCGUGUAAUAAAAUUAUAUCGAGAAAAAGUAAUUACGAAUAAUGUUAAAAGACUCACCGGCUUCAUCUUCAAUGUCGAAAGUAUUUCUUUUCUGAUACCAUAAAUAUCUCUGAGCCAAGAGUUUCUUAGAUAUGUAUAUCUUUUAAUCUUCGAUGUUGAUCAUUCAUGUAUCACUUUGUCUUUAUUAAGAAGUUAUUAUACAAUUAAAUUAUCGCGGUAUUACCCAGAAAUUAGUGAUUUUAACGGACAGACCGUAAAUAAAAACGAUGAUAAAAUUUUA